UGGAAGGACGACCUGGACCGAGCCGGCUUGGCUGCGGCUGCCCUGGGCCGAGCUCCUCACCUGCCCUCCGCCCACACGCGGGCCCCCAGCCAAGUCCCCCAGCUCCCGGGGGAGCCAGGCAGUGCUUGCCCUCUCUACCGUCCCGAAGGCACCCGCACGUCUCCGGACACCUGAACACUUAGGUCCUUCCGAGGAGCCUCCCAGUGGGGAGAAGAGCACUGUCUCUUGAGCCCCUUAGAACCACGAGGCCCACCGGGUCUGGUCCCCUCCUUUACCUCAGGGAGAGGAGGAUGGGUUUGCAAGUGCUCUCCCCGAGGAUGCCCCUGUGGUUAGUGGUCUUGGGUUUUGUUUUUUCCUGGGAACUGUGGGUCUGCACUAGCCUCGAUUAUGAUUACACUUUUGAUGGGAACGAAGAGGACAAAACGGAGCCUAUAGAUUACAAGGACCCGUGCAAAGCCGCUGUGUUUUGGGGUGACAUUGCCUUAGACGAUGAAGACUUGAAUAUCUUUCAAAUAGACAGGACAAUUGACCUGACACAGAGUCCUUUUGGAAAACUUGGACAUAGCACAGGUGGAUUUGGAGACCAUGACAUACCAAAGAAACGAGGGGCUCUGUAUCAGCUAAUAGACAGGAUAAGACGACUUGGCUCUGGCUUGGAGCAAAACAAGACCACUAAAGGAAAAGCACCUUUAAAAUUCUCAGAACAAAAUGAGAAAAACCGAGUUCCCAGAGCUGCUACAUCAAGGACAGAAAGAAUAUGGCCUGGAGGUGUCAUUCCUUAUGUCAUAGGAGGCAACUUUACUGGCAGCCAGCGAGCCAUGUUCAAGCAGGCCAUGAGACACUGGGAAAAGCACACAUGUGUGACUUUCACUGAGAGAAGUGAUGAAGAGAGUUACAUUGUGUUCACCUAUAGGCCUUGUGGAUGCUGCUCCUAUGUUGGUCGGCGGGGAAAUGGCCCUCAGGCUAUCUCUAUUGGGAAGAACUGUGACAAGUUUGGAAUCGUUGUUCAUGAACUGGGCCAUGUGAUAGGCUUUUGGCACGAACACACCCGCCCAGACAGAGACAAUCAUGUCACCAUCAUAAGAGAGAAUAUCCAGCCAGGGCAAGAGUACAACUUUCUGAAGAUGGAGCCUGGAGAAGUGAACUCUCUCGGGGAAAGAUAUGACUUCGACAGCAUUAUGCACUACGCCAGGAACACCUUCUCAAGGGGGAUGUUUCUGGACACAAUACUCCCUUCUCGUGAUGACAAUGGCAUUCGUCCUGCAAUUGGUCAACGGACCCGGUUAAGCAAAGGAGACAUUGCACAAGCAAGAAAGCUGUAUCGGUGUCCAGCUUGUGGAGAAACCCUACAAGAGUCCAGUGGCAACCUUUCCUCCCCAGGAUUUCCAAAUGGCUACCCUUCUUAUACACACUGCAUUUGGAGAGUGUCUGUGACGCCAGGAGAAAAGAUUGUCUUAAAUUUUACCACAAUGGACCUGUACAAGAGUAGUUUGUGCUGGUAUGACUACAUUGAAGUAAGAGAUGGCUACUGGAGGAAGUCGCCUCUCCUUGGUAGAUUCUGUGGAGACAAAGUGGCUGGAGUUCUUACGUCUACAGACAGCAGAAUGUGGAUUGAGUUUCGCAGCAGCAGUAACUGGGUAGGGAAAGGGUUUGCUGCUGUCUACGAAGCUAUCUGUGGAGGUGAGAUACGGAAAAAUGAAGGGCAGAUUCAGUCACCCAAUUACCCAGACGACUAUCGGCCAAUGAAAGAGUGUGUGUGGAAAAUAGUCGUGUCCGAGGGCUACCAUGUUGGACUGACCUUUCAGGCCUUUGAGAUUGAAAGACAUGACAGCUGUGCCUAUGACCACCUAGAAGUUCGAGAUGGAACCAGUGAAAACAGUCCCUUGAUAGGACGGUUCUGUGGUUAUGACAAACCUGAAGACAUAAGAUCUACUUCCAACACUCUGUGGAUGAAGUUUGUAUCCGAUGGGACUGUGAACAAGGCAGGCUUUGCUGCUAACUUUUUCAAAGAAGAAGAUGAGUGUACCAAACCUGACCGAGGAGGUUGUGAGCAGAGGUGUCUCAACACACUGGGCAGCUACCAGUGUGCCUGUGAGCCUGGCUAUGAACUGGGGCCAGACAGAAGGAGCUGUGAAGCUGCUUGCGGAGGACUUCUUACAAAGCUCAAUGGCACCAUAACCACCCCUGGCUGGCCCAAAGAAUACCCGCCAAACAAAAACUGUGUGUGGCAAGUGAUCGCUCCAAGUCAGUACAGAAUCUCUGUGAAGUUUGAGUUUUUUGAACUGGAAGGCAAUGAAGUUUGCAAGUACGAUUAUGUGGAGAUCUGGAGUGGUCUUUCCUCUGAGUCUAAACUGCACGGCAAAUUCUGUGGAGCUGACGUACCUGAAGUGAUCACUUCCCAUUUCAACAACAUGAGGAUUGAAUUCAAAUCGGACAACACUGUAUCCAAGAAGGGCUUUAAAGCACACUUUUUCUCAGAUAAGGAUGAGUGCUCCAAGGAUAACGGCGGCUGCCAGCACGAGUGUGUUAACACGAUGGGGAGCUACAUGUGUCAGUGCCGGAACGGAUUUGUACUGCACGAGAACAAACAUGAUUGCAAGGAAGCUGAGUGUGAACAGAAGAUCCACAGCCCAAGUGGCCUCAUCACAAGUCCCAACUGGCCAGACAAGUACCCGAGCCGGAAAGAGUGCACCUGGGAGAUCAGCGCCAUUCCUGGCCACCGCAUCAAAUUAGCCUUCAGUGAGUUUGAAGUUGAGCAGCAUCAAGAAUGUGCGUAUGAUCACUUGGAAGUUUUUGAUGGAGACACAGAGAAGUCGCCAAUCCUUGGUCGGCUAUGUGGCAGCAAGAUACCAGAUCCCCUCACAGCUACUGGGAAUCAAAUGUUUCUUCGGUUUAUUUCUGAUGCCUCUGUUCAAAGAAAAGGAUUUCAAGCCACUCAUUCGACAGAGUGUGGUGGUCGAUUGAAGGCAGAGCGCAAACCCAGAGACUUGUAUUCCCAUGCUCAGUUUGGUGAUAAUAACUACCCAGGACAAGUUGACUGUGAAUGGUUGUUAGUAUCAGAACGAGGCUCUCGACUUGAGCUGUCCUUCCAGAUGUUUGAAAUAGAAGAAGAAGCUGACUGUGGCUAUGACUAUGUUGAAAUCUUUGAUGGUCUCAAUUCAAAAGCUGUGGGUCUUGGUAGAUUCUGUGGAUCUGGGCCAGCAGAAGAAAUCUACUCAAUUGGAGGUGCAGUAUUAAUUCAUUUUCACACAGACGACACUAUCAACAAGAAAGGAUUUUAUAUAAGAUACAAAAGUAUAAGGUACCCAGAGACUAUGCAUGUUGAGAACUAAUGUGGACCCUCUCUCAGAACAAAAAGGAAUGAGUAUAAGGAAAGAAGACAUUUUUAAAAUUGACAAUAUUAGUACAAAUGUUUUAUAUAAUGAGUUUGAACAAAAGAGAACCGCAAGACUAGAGUUAUCUCUGGAAUGAAAGCGAACUUUCCAGGAAACCAGGUGGUUUGAAAGUCAUGCCUGGUGAUUAAUAAAGGUUGUGGAAGGCUAUCACAUGCUUCAAGGAAGAUUAACAGCUUGAAAUAUAUGCCUCACACUUUGGACAGUUUACUUCAGGGGCUGUGAUUCUCUGGAGUGGUUUCUUGACUACUCUUUCAAGAUCUGAGGACAUACAAUUAUCAAACAGAUCAUAACUUGGAAACCUACUUCUUGGGUAUUAGCAGGUUUGCUUAGACAUUGUUGGUCAGUCCCAGUGUAAACCAAAUCCAUGUAAAGUGAUGUGGAAUAACGGUCUUUGGAAGGUGGCUUGUCCUUUAAAUGUAGGUGUGUGUGUGUGUGUGUGUGUGUGUGUGUGUUUGUGUUUGGAAACUGGAAUAUUUCAUCUUCAUUAUUUUCAAAUGUGGGCCAGCUUAACCUCUUCAUAAGAAUGAUUUUGUGACCACUUUGUUGAAUCUAUGUCAUGGGAAGUCUGUAGUGUUUGUAAUGCAGUUAAUCUCUUGAUAUCAUAUUCAUUACUGAAUCACAUCCAGUUCACUAGUAAAUUCAUUUCUCAUUGGGGAAGUACUGAAUAGUCAUACCAAACCCAAGAAACCCACCAUGUCUUAUGAACCUUUAAGGAAAGCUCUAACGAGGUGUGUGCAGCCAUCUUCCAAAUGACUGCCUGUAUGGAUAUUACUCCAGUUACUACUACUGCUGCUAUGAUCUUUCUUUUAUUGUUUGUGUGUUGAUGUUUUAUUGUUAUUGUCGUUAUUACUGUAUUUAAAAAUGAUCAGAUGAAGUGGAAGCAGAGUUUGAGAGACAUGAAAUCUCUCUCCCUUUUUGUUCUCUUCUUGAGAUUCAGUUUAAAAAAAUACAAUAUUGGGUGGAAAACGAUUUGUUUCUGAAAUGUUUCCUAUGGUGCUAUUCCAUAAACAUUAAAACAGCAACAACAUGUUUCUGACCUUUGAGCCAAAUGCCUGUAUACUCUGAAUGCUUCCCUGUAUGCGGCUGGAAAAGAAAAUUACAGACUGUUUAGAUAUAUCAAGAGUGUAUCAUGGCGAGGACAAAGUUUGUCCUGUGGAAAAACUACUUCCAAUGCCUUAGAAUUCUUGCUCAUAAUCCAUCAAAUCUGCUUAAUGCACACCUCUUGAAAUGUUGGCCAUCAGAGCAUACGUUAGUCACCAACUCCAAAAAAAUCCAUUUCCAUAACAAUGACGUUGGAUUCAUAUAGAUACAUUUGCGUAUGUACAUCCUAACCUGCUUUGUUGUAGAAAAUGUAAUUUUAGGAUAAAUGUUUUGCUUUAUUGCCCUGUGUGUUUUUUAUAUUAAUGUAUGUAUAUGUGAGGCUUUGAGUGAGUGUGUCUGUUAGAAGGUGAAGCGCUAUGGGUGGUUGAGAAGUUUAAUUCUGUGUGCCAAGCUGUGCUAGGACCAUGUUUGAAGUAGCACCCUAUAAAGUUUCAUAGACAUCUAAUGGAGAGUUCUAAUCACCAUCAAUCCCUUCAAAGAAAGGUUCCUUCCCUUAGAUGAUCUAUUUUGAAUUUUUUUAUGUUGCUGUGCAAAGGAGCAUUUUUUUUUCUCAAUUGUCCACAAACUCUCAUUGUCUGGGAAAUAAAAGGGGUAAUAUUUUGUUAUUUUUACAAAAUUAAACUCUGCAUCUAGAUAUAACACUUUAUUUCUUUUCUCAAUUUUCCCUUGAGCAAUCUUUUUCUACUUAUGACUUACAAAAUGUAAAUACAGUUUUUGAACCAAUGUUUGGAUCUCAUUGAAUGUUGCCUUCAGAAUAUGUAUGUGUUGCCUGGAAUGUGGAUGAGCCACUCAGUGGAGAUGAUUUGCUCUGAUAACUACUUCCAUAUUUUAUCACUCAUCCUCACCUAGCUAAGAUAUGCCCACAAUGUGGAAGAGGAGAGAAAAAGACACUCACCUGAAAGUGUUUUGCACUGCUCAGGGCCUUGUGUAGGCAUGAACUAGCUCCUAAUCUCCAUGCAUGCUACUCUUUAGUGACCACUGAAAUAGACCAUGAGGUGCAGAAAAUGAGAGCUAAUGAUAGGUUGCUUCCCAGGAUCAUAGAUGAAGGUAGAUGUAGAAACUCAGUCUGUGUGCUAUCAGUAGUCUGUGCUGACUCUACAACAAGAUUUGAUCCCGUUACACAUGAACAGUAGGAUUUUUAAAUUAUGAAGCUUUCCCCACAAAACAAAUUUCAGGUGCAAAUUAGAUAGUUUGUGGUUGGUGGUAAUGUUUUCCUUUUGGCAACGGCAUGGAGAUUAGAAUGUCAACUGCACAAAGAUGUCCUUAUGCAACAAAAUUCUACUAAAAGUUAAAGUGACACUGUAGCUUGGUGUUAGUGAGCUUUUUAUUAAAAUUACUAUAUUAAAUUAUUUAUGUGUCAUUGUGGGGAAGAUAUAGCUAUUUUAAGGAAUAGCCCAGAAACUCCAAUUGAUACCCAAUAAGCCACAAUGAACUAAGCUUGAGACAGCUAGGACAUUGUAGAAAGUCUGAUGUAAUAGUUUAGAUCAUUGACAUAGAUAUUAACUUUAUUGUGAUAUUGUUUCAGAAAUUAGACAGUAACAGAUUAUUUUUAAUUUAAGUCAGUAUUUGCCUUAAAUGUGUUGUUAAAUGAAACUAGAGACACCAUCAUUGCUGUUUUGCUCCUAAGUAUUAUUGUUCUAGCAUUUUAUUAAAUUAAUUUUGUA